CAGAUGAUGGCAAACAACAAGAAAAAAACAUUCCAGAAAGAGUUUGCUUUGGAAUUAUGCACAGCUGUCCCAUGGCAAGUCGGACUGAAGCGUGGCUCGGCUCUGGAGGAAGAGCAGGGCACCAUUUUAGUCAAAGAGGAAGGAUUCUUCUUUAUCUAUAGUCAGGUUUACUACACAGACUCUACAUUCGCUAUGGGCCACAUCGUGAUUCGUAUAAAGAAGAACGUCGUAGGAGACGAGAGUCAGCACGUUGUUCUGUUCCGCUGUAUUCAGAGCAUGAAUCGAGUCAACCACUUCAACACGUGCUACACUGGAGGUGUAGUGAAGUUGGAUUCUGGGGACAGACUGGAGCUUCUGAUACCUCGUACUCAUGCAAAUAUCUCUCUGGAUGGGGAUUCCACCUUCUUAGGAGCAAUAAAACUGGCCUGACAAUGGAACAAGGCUUUGGAUAAGACACUGAAUGAGAUUGGAUAUGCAAUUAUAAAUAUUCAUAAGGAUAAUUAUUGACAUUCACUGGACUUUAUGAAUACAAGUGCAGCUUUAUGCUGUGGAAUAUUCUUGAGAAUUGAACUACUUUGUAUCUUUGCACUUGCUUUGGUUCACACUUUAGUGGCAUUUUUAAGAAGACAUGCACAUAAUUGACUUUAUUCACCAUUUUGAAGUUCCCCUGUGUUGCAAUUCAUGAUUCAUCAGGCCUCAUAUUUUUUCAAAAUAUGACUUUUAAUUACUAAUGCCAAACCCACAUUGUUUUUCACAUCUAUAGCCAUUCAGGUGUAUAACAACCAUUUUUCCUAAUUCAGUCAGUUCCUGAUGGAUAAAAUCAAGUUCCGCUCAGCAUGUUUAUUUAAAAAUUGUUUAUUAAACAUUAUUUAUAACACAUUUUACUCUUAAAUGUGUUAUAAAACACCA